AUACUUUGCACACGUGUUAAAAAAUACUGCUAUAGAUAUGCGGGUAACCGACAACUCUCUCUGAAAAAUUUUACUGAAAAAAAAGCGCAAAAGAAUAUUAAAAACUCGUGCCACAUCCAACAUUAAAGUUAUAUUUACAGUACUCUACCAUCGUCUUUACUACUCUUUUCUGUUACUUUCAAGUAACUGUUGGCAAAUUACAAAAAUAUGAAGAAAACAUAUGUCACGCGGUGUAAAACUUUAGUCUACAAAUAUUCUUUGUAGAAAAAUCCAUAUGGCGAACAGGAGAAUUUGGCAGGAAUGUUCUGUUACCUGUUUUACAAGUGAAUUGCGAUUCAACUAGGCUGAUAAAAAUGAAUGUCAAAGUUGUUAUCGUGAUUUUACUGAGCAUAGAGUGCGCUUGGCGAAUCGGAAGUAAAGGAGUUGAUGCGAGAAGCAAGAGGCAAACUUUGUAUUCACCACCCAUUGUGUACCCUAACGGUGGUAUUUUCAAGCUACUUGUGGGAAUUUCUGUACCAAUAGCGUUGCCUGGAAGAACUUUAGUCUUUGGGCAAAAUUUUCAAUUUCAAUAUGCAGCGCCGCCAAAUGCGUCAUUUUUCACAGACUUCUUUUCGAAAUCUUCUCAUCGUCGUCGUCGUCGACGAGAGACUGAAAUUUCGUUAGACCGGAAAAUCGCUUAUGAAUUUUUUGAAAGUGAAUUUGAAAGAAGAGGUUUAAGUGGACGAGAUUGCUUGAAGAGAAGCAUAUGUGAAGCUACUGAAAUUCCAUUAAAGGAAGAGGGUUUAGUGGGUGAACUUCUCGAAGUACUUCUGACGCCGAUUCAUGGGUCGUUUCCGAAUAACGAUUAUUUCGAGGCCAUGAAAGCGGGAGAACAAGGGGUCGACUGUCUACAGCUUUAUUCAUCUUGUCCUCAUGGAUAUGGAAUAUUGGAUUAUAUAUCAAGAAUCAACUAUUUCGAUCAAACUUUAUGAAGUCAAUAUAGAGAUUGAUUUCAUUAUAUAGAGAGAAACAAUAACGAUUUGUAAAUUUAUUUAAAUUCUAA